CCUCAAUGACCUUUGAGGAAAAUGCAUUUUGAAUUCAUUAUUCAUAAUGGAAAAGUUGGAUGGUGGCUUUCAAAGCAAAGUAAUUAUAAUAUGAAAUUUAUUCAAAGUGUGGAUGGAUAGACUUUGUUCCAUGAUUUUUGUAAGGGUGGCCCAAAACUGUUGGAUGAUGCCUUAAUGUGAAAGCUAGUUGUUGACCCUAGUCCCUAAAUGCUAUUAUCUGUUGUGCUUUGAGGGUAUAAACCCUAAAUCAGGAACAUUCAAUCUUCUGCUUAAUAAAAGGUAUAACUUUACCCAUUUUUCUCAUUCUUGAUCAUUCAAGAACAUUCAAUCUUCUGCUUGAGAAAAACAAAAAAAAAACCUUAAUCGUGCAAAAAUGCGUUUCUGUGCCAAGAUAUCAUGUUUACGAUUGAUACCUGUUGUGAUACCAUUUUUUUAAUUCUUGAUAUUUCAAGAACAUUCAAUCUUCUGCUUGAAAACACAAAUCUAUAAUUGAGGAAACAAUGUUCUGUCUCAAGAACUUUCAAUUUUCUGCUUAUUGGAAGCUUCAUUCCAACAUAUUUGUUCCGUUUGGUUUAUAAUCAAUACCUAUUGGUAAAAAUGAUGGGUUGUCGAUUUUUUAUUGUUGAGUAUUCAAGGACUUUCAAUCUUCUGCUUCGGAAAAAAAUGAACCUUCAGGAUUUGAUGGAAAAAAUUAUUGUUCUUGCCUUGGCAACUGGGCAGAAGCGCUUUAGUGCCUCUCUGUGCAAGCUUGUUGAGAAAUAUGCUGAAAUCUUAGCAAGUCAAGGGUUGCUGACCACAUUAAUAAAGUAUCUAAAACUUUUGGGUUCUGAAGAACUUUUGACAGAACUUGUGAUAUUGAAGGACCGAAUUGCACUGUCUACGGAACCUGCUCCGACCAUUUCAACCGUUUAUCUUGCGGGAGAAACGGUUCUUUUUCUGAAGGUUUUUCUCUUGGUCUCGUUGCUGGUGGAUUAUUCGAUGGAAACAUUGAUAUCUGGAAUCCUCUCACUCUGAUUCGCUCGGAGGAAAAUGAAAGUUCUCUCGUUGGACACCUUGUAAGGCAUAAGAGACCGAUAUGUUCUUCUCUGUUUUUAUGAGCCUACUUGCUGCAAGUUUUU